CACAUUGUUUUUUUUUUUCUGAUUUUCAAUUGCCCUCGGACACGACUCUUAGAACGCAACCAGGUCUCACUCUCUUAUGCUCCGAUGCGGGAAGCAUUGAAAUCCUUCAUACGCAAAGUCCUUCGGCGCGAGAAAAAUGGCCAGCCACAGCAAGCACGUUCGAAACAGCAGCGGCAUACUGACGCGGUUGCUGCGGCAUCACCAAGGACAAAAACGCGGUCAAGUUUGCCCAAUUCUACUGCGCCUACAAACCACGCAACAGUGAAGGAUGAUUCAAAGCAGAAGGACAUACAUCAUCACGAAAAGUCCAGACAAUUCACUCAAAGCCCUCUCGAGCGGCGCGAAGGCUCAAAUGUCACGGGGACUCACUCUGUGCUGCCAGGCAGUGUCGAUCCAUUUGUUGCCGAAAAUUACGAAGCUUAUUUGCCUGUAAUUAGUUCCAUAGAACCUGAGACCAAUGGACCCCUACAUAAAGAUACCGGAAAUUUCACCACUAAAGCUACACAAGUGACCGACGACGUGCAAAGUGAAGACGCUGUUGGCGAUACGAGUUUUGACAGUACAAAUCUCGAUCUUUCCCUGCAGACUGAAUCGGAUCAUGUUGCCAGUUCGGCAUCGAGUUGCUACUCCGAUCCUACCGAGGAUCAUACUAAAGAGUCCCCUAUGUCUACAAACCGCAUCAAAAGGAAAUCUAUACCUUCUAAUGUUGCAAUGGAAGAGACAAUCCCUCAAGAAACCCGCGAGAAAGUCGAUGACCCAGAGGAUCUCGCAGUCAAAGAUGUACGGGAUCGGCAAACGAACAUUCCAGAUGGACCUAUUAUGUCGGGUGACACAACAUCGUUCAAUGGAGAACAUGAAAAGAGCAUGGACGAUGUGAGAUCACAAGCUAGAAGUCCUAUCAUCGAUAGCAAUGUCAGAUCACAUUCACACGGCGUCUUGGGAGGACAAGAGCAAGUAUCGAAGCACUUCAAUCUAGCAGACCUUGACGGAAUUGUCAAUCUAAAGGAUAGUGUAGAUGUCGAGAAAAGCGUUGAGAUAGCUCCCGCCGUACAGCAUGAAGUGGUCAAGCCAAAAGAGCAUGAAAUUGUCGAAGAACGGAUUUUCAGAGAGAUACACAACCAUGAAGUCUAUCACAGAAUUUUGCCUGUUCACGAUGUCGAAAUCUUACCCGCUCGCCACUUUGUUCAUGACCCCAACGGAAAGCUCAUCGAAGUGUCGGGCGACCCUUUCCCGCAUCUUGCUGGUGUCGAAAAGAGAUGGGAAAUCAACAGAAAACAACAGAUUGCAUCUGAGCUGACUCCGCACAGGCCUAUGCAGGUAGGCCCGAAGAUUAUAGCGGAUAAAACUUACAUGACUGAAGAAGGCUACCCCCGAAGAGAAACAACCAUUCUUCAUCCACCGGAAUUAGAAGACUUGAAAGGGUAUGAAGGACCUGUUAUGCCAAUAGUGUUUGACCAUCAUUCGCCGGAGGCUAUCGAGCAAACACAGUCCGAAAGAGUGAAAUCCUAUGAAUCAUUCCCUCCCAUUAGAUCUGUUUGGUUGGAGGAUAUGAUAAAUGCAUUACCACAAACCGCGAGUCAGUCUGAUCGAGUAUCUUCUACAUACACGCAAGCGCAGUCAGGGGCGAUAUCCUGGCGAUGA